UCUGGAGCCACGCCAGAGACGCUGGUACCGGUCGCCAUCGAAGCUGGGCACAGGGAGGGCACGCUGCAGUCUGAGAGAACUUUGUCGUCUUAAAAAAGAAGGUUCCCAGGUCCUGAUUAGCUCUUCCCAGCCUCCGAGAAGCCAUGGCAGCCUGCUGUGUCCAGUAUUUCCUGCUCCUCUUCCUGCUGGGAGCCUCCCACUGGACUUUGACCCAAAAUCUACACUGUGAGGUGGGUAGAAACCUGCAUUUAGAAGAUGACCCGGGCCGAAACUUUAACUGGACGUCAAAGGUUGAGAGGUGUGACCCGAACGAACUUUGCCAGGAAACUAUUCUGUUGAUUAAAGCAGAAGGAACCAAGACUGCUGUUUUGGCCAGUAAAGGCUGCGCUGAUCAAGACAUGGAGUCGAUGACUUUCAUUCAGUACACCCCACCUCCUGGCCUGAUUGUUGUCUCCUACAGUAACUACUGCAAUGAUACCCUCUGCAACAACAGAAACAGCAUUUCCCAAUUCUGGAAACCGCCAGAGACCAUAGCAACUUCUCGGAUGUCAGGAGCCCUCCGCUGCCCAACAUGCGUGGCUCUGGGGCCCUGUUCCAGUGCCCCCUCUCUGCCCUGUCCCAACAAUACAACUCAGUGCUAUCAAGGAAGACUGGAACUCUCUGGAGGAGGUAUGGACUCCGUCGUCGUGCACGUCAAAGGCUGCACCCCGAUGAUCGGCUGCAGGCUGAUGGCUACCAUGACCUCGGUGGGCCCCAUGACGGUGAAGGAGACCUGCAGUUACAGCUCGUUUCUCCAGCCCCGAAAGGCAGAGAGUAGUGCCUCCUGGAGGCUCACCUCACUGUGGCUGCUGGAGCUCCUGUCGCCCGCGCUGCUGCUGCCGCCCCUCAGCCACUUUGCCUGAGAGCACUGUGGGGGCCUGGGUCGGAGGGAGCCUUCUGCCUGCUGCUGACCACCAGUUUGAAGAGUGGGGGGUGGGGGUGGGGUUGAGGAGCAGAGAAAUCACACGAAUGUAUAUUGGAUACAAAUAAUAAAGUUCGCACUUGGUUGUGAGAUC